AUAACCGAGGACCUCUCAAGCAUGGUCCUCUCUAAAACCGCAAAGGCUCAUGAUCUGUGGAAGGCCCUCGCCUCUCUCUUUACAGACAACGAAGACUAUCGGGCCAUCCAACUCGAAGAACAGUUCAAGUCCCUCAAGAAAGGAUCUCUUUCGAUCCAUGACUAUUGUCAACUUCUCAAAACCACUGCCGACAACUUGGCAGACGUCGGCAACCCCGUGUCAGACAAGCAACUCGUCCUCCAAACCCUCCACGGUCUACUUGAUGAUAUUAAUGAGGCAGUAAUACUUGAUGAUCGAGAUUAUUAUUACGGUGAUGAAGAGGAAAAACGAGGGUGGAUAAAGUAUUUAUCUUUCGGUUAUUCGAAUUCCGGGAUGUGGAUUUUGGUGCAGCUGAGUUGGAGGUUUUUGCUGAGUUUGAUCAUUGCUUUGUUUGUUUUCUAUAUUGCUGCUAAGCCUCCCCCUCCUAACAUCUUUAUUAAGAUUGGAGGAAUUGGAGGGUUCAGAUUAGCCGAGGGAGUGGACGGCUCUGGUGCAUCGACGAAAAUAUUAAGCUGCAAUUGUUCAAUUGAUUUAAUAAUAGAAAAUAAGUCCAAGCUAUUUGGUCUUCACAUCAAUCCUCCAUUCAUUCAAUUACUUUUUGGCCAUCUCCCUUUUGCAGUGUCAUAGGUCAGCAAUUUGUUAUAUUGUGUUUCCCAUUUUUAUUUUUCCAUUGUCAAAUUCAAAUUUCAUUACACAUAGGAAACAAAAAUUCAUUGUGUUU